CGCGUUUUUGCCUAGUCUUGGCCUUGCGAUGAACCUAUGCGCUGGAUGCUACUUGGCACCCGUGAGGAAUUGUAAGAUGGUACGCAACUUUGUCUGCGGACCACAGCCUGCUUCUGAAUCCUUGGAUAAGAACGAGACGUCUUGCACUUUUUUCCCUUUUUCCUGCUUUCUGUGGCUUCUUGGAUUUCCUGACAUUCAACCGGGUCGUUCAUUGUUCAUUGCCACACUUCACCGUUCAGUUACUUGUUCGUCUUAUCUCACCAAGUAAUAUCUUCUCUCCCUGGCCAAUAAUCACGAAUACGCCGCUUACCAACCAAUCUGAUGAGAUCCCGUCAGCGAUGCAUACCUCUCCCACUCCGAUCACGCUGCAACCCCGCGAAACCCCUCUUCCCGUUGCUGCCCGACAGGGAGAGACAGGUUUCCAUGUCAUAACUCAGACGAUCUACCGACCAAGCUCAACUUUCGUCACAUACGUUACGCUAGGCAGCGGGCCACCGACAUCAUACUCCGAUGGUAACCCGGCCGAUCCGCCCUCUGCCGCUGCUCCGACCGCGGACCCACCUCCCCCGGACCGAUCAAGCGGAUCCCUAUCAAGCGCACAGAUAGGGGGCAUUCUGGGCGGCAUCGUCGCUUUCGUUGCUAUCGCUCUUAUUGCUUGGUUUUGCAUUUCUCAGAAUAAGAGAAGACCAGGACCGCCGCCGGACUGGGACUCCUUGUACGACUAUGACUCUUCCUCCGAAAGCGGCUUUACCGGGUCCCGGGGGCCUAGGACGCCGAGGGCGCCAACAUCUGUUCAUCCGGACCGGGCCGGCCGGCGUCCGCCGUACGUCCAGAUGCCACAAGGGCCGCCACCGCCAACUUAUCACAUUAAUCGUUACGACGCAUGGAAACCCAAGUUCAAUGGGCCAGCACGUCGUCAGCAGCCACCGCCGCCCCAACGUUAUCGGACAAGGGUUCCCUGAGUCAAAACAAAGCCUAGCCCCGCAUGCAGCCUACCUUCUGAUGGAUGCCGCAAUCAUGCGGAUCAUGAAUAAUUGCCGCCGUUGUUGUUCCAACUUGUUUAUACCGAAGUAUUGAGAAGCAAACUCUGUAAUAUCUGAGUCUUGCGGGGAAAUGAGUUGCGAGGAAAUCAUAAUGUGAUUAGGUCUUGGGGCUAGAGGAAAGAUAUUAGGGUAAUGACCAAGGUCGACCGGCUGAUUUCUACAACAUUUAAUACCCCUCUGCUAGCAGCGAAUUCUUUUUGUAUGAUUUUCAAUAGUAUUCAACUUCUAGAUCUCCUCCAUUCCUCAACGUUGUCAGAUUAUAUGUCCUGAAUAUGAAGGAAUAUGUCAUUUGUCGAUAUUAAUAUACC